AGGAUUACCAAAUUUAAUUACCCAUAAGAAAUUUUACUGCCCACCAAGUCUCCAAAUGGAUGACAAUCUUCCUGAUGUAAAUGAUAAACAAAGCCAAGCCAUAAGUGAUCUCCUAGAAGCCAUCUACCCAAGAGUAGACAAGAGAGAAUAUAUCAUCAAGCUAGAACCCAUAGAGACCAACCAGAAUGCAGUGUUUCAGUAUAUUUCAAGGACUGACAAUCCUGCUGAAGUCACAGAGUCAAGCAGUACCCCUGAACAGACUGAAGUUGAGAUACAGGAGACAGGCCCUGAGCAGCCCAAAGCAGUCCCCGAUCCAGACCCACAGGUGGUGGAGGCUGUGGAGCCCCCGCCUGCAGAGACCGCUGCAGAGGAAGCUGCGCCUCCCACCGAGGAGCAGCCUCAGGAAGCACAGGCCGACGUGGAGACAUCUGACAGUUCCGACCUUGGUCACCAGUUGAUUUGUUGUCUUUGUAGAAAAGAAUUCAAUUCUAGACGUGGUGUUCGCCGACACAUUCGAAAAGUACACAAGAAGAAGAUGGAAGAGCUAAAGAAAUACAUCGAGACACGGAAGGCUCCCAACCAGCCUUCAAAAGGACGCAGCAAGAGUGUUCUGGUUUCACUGAGUAGGAGUUGUCCCGUUUGUUGUAAAUCAUUUGCUACAAAAGCGAAUGUAAGGAGGCAUUUUGAUGAAGUUCAUAGAGGACUGAGGAGGGACUCAAUUACUCCUGAUAUAGCGACAAAGCCUGGGCAGCCUUUGUUCCUGGAUUCCGCGUCCCCUAAAAAAUCUUUUAAGACUCGAAAGCAAAAGUCUUCAAAGGCUGAAUACAAUUUAACUGCAUGCAAAUGCCUCCUUUGCAAGAGGAAAUAUAGUUCACAAAUAAUGCUUAAGAGACAUAUGCAAAUUGUCCACAAGAUAACUCUUUCUGGAGCAAACUCUAAAAGAGAGAAAGGCCCUAACAAUAAUACCGCCAACAGUUCAGAAGUAAAAGUUACAGUCGAACCAACAGAUUCUGUAGAAUCUUCACCCCCUUCCAUUACCCAUUCUCCACAGAAUGAACUAAAGGGAACAAAUCAUUCAAAUGAAAAGAAGAACACACCAGCAACACAGAAAAAUAAAGUUAAACAGGACUCUGAAAGCCCUAAGUCAGCUAGUCCUUCGGCUGCAGGUGGCCAGCAAAAGACCAGGAAACCAAAACUUUCCGCUGGCUUUGACUUUAAGCAACUUUACUGUAAACUCUGUAAACGGCAGUUUACCUCCAAGCAGAACUUGACUAAACACAUUGAGUUACACACAGAUGGAAAUAACAUUUAUGUUAAAUUCUACAAGUGUCCCCUCUGCACUUACGAAACUCGGCGGAAACGUGAUGUGAUUCGACACAUAACUGUGGUCCAUAAAAAGUCAUCCCGCUACCUGGGGAAGAUAACAGCCAGUUUAGAGAUCAGAGCGAUAAAAAAGCCCAUCGAUUUUGUUCUGAACAAAGUGGCAAAGAGAGGCCCUUCGAGGGAUGAAGCAAAACACAACGAUUCAAAACAGGACACCACUUCCAAUUCUCCUAGUAAAAAGUAUGAAGUAGCUGACGUCGGUAUUGAAGUGAAAGUCACAAAAAACUUUUCUCUUCACAGAUGCAAUAAAUGUGGAAAGGCAUUUGCCAAAAAGACUUACCUUGAACAUCAUAAGAAAACUCAUAAGGCAAAUGCUACCAGUUCACCUGAAGGAAACAAAACCAAAGGCCGAAGUACAAGAUCUAAGGCUCUUGUCUGAUAACUUCAAGUGAUGUACGAAAAGGUUUGGAGUUCAUUUUUGUGGAAAGACUUUAAGUUGUUAGAACUACUAAACGUCUUCAAAUGGUACUAUGAGAAAAAAGAGAGCACUUUCAUAAGUUUUCAACUGUAACUGCUGAUCUGACUAAAACAGUAACCAUCUAACCAGUUUCUAAGGCAAGGCCCCUCCCAGCACUUGCAAGUAGCCGUGACAUUACAUGUUCUCCUGGUAGACCUGGUACAUAUGGUCUACAGUUUCUACAAAAUGUUGGGAUUUCACUUUCCAGAUAAUUUGUUGAUAAUUUGUUGAUCAACAACCUGAAGAAAAUAAUAGUUUUUAAUUGAUAUAAACUUUGUAUUUUUAGUGGUUUAAGUUUAUUUCACUUUACAUGGAAAAUUUUAUCUAGAUUGUAUAGAUAAAAUACCAUCUUUGUAGAGAAUAUGUUAGUAGGACCAAAAGACAAAUUAGUAUCAAUAUAUUAUGAAUAUUUAGUAGCCUACUGAAUAUUUAUAAUUAUUUGCAUCCAUUUAUAUUUGAGUUUUUUUUAAGCACUUAAAUGUUUG